GACGCGUGACCAAAACCAAAGACGGCCAUGAAGUGAGAUCGUGCAAAGUAGCAGAUUAAACGGGCAGCAUCACUAUUUCCGUAGGGGAUGAGAUCGGAGGUCUUAUACAGCCAGGGGAUAUUAUUCGCUUGACCAGAGGGUAUGCAUCCAUGUGGAAAGGAUGUCUGACGCUUUAUAGUGGAAGAGGUGGUGAACUUCAAAAAAUCGGGGAAUUUUGUAUGGUUUAUUCAGAAGUGCCAAAUUUCAGUGAGCCCAAUCCAGAUUAUCGAGGACAACAGAACAAAGGGGCUUAUAGUGAACAGAAGCAUAAUUCCAUGAACAGUAAUAUGGGUACAGGUACAUUUGGACCAGUGGGAAAUGGUGUCCAAACUGGCCCUGAAUCAAGGGGAUACCAGUUUUCAUACACUGGUAGAAGCAAUGGUCGGGGACCUAUAAAUCCACAGUUACCAGGAGCAGCUAAUAAUCAGAUAGUCACAGCCACAAUAAGUAAUGGCAGGGACCCUCGGAAAGCCUUGAAAAGAUGACCUAUGCCAAAUAUGCAUAUGUAGUUUUUAAGCUACAUGCCCUACUUGAACACUUAACUGCACUUUUAUUUAUUGUUUACUGUGAAAAGUAUGUUCUUUAUUGAUUUCCUUUUUACAUUUUUGAUUUGCUAAGAGUGAGUUCCUUCUAUAGCAAAACUGUUGAGCUACUCAAAUCUCCUAUUGAAGAGUUGGGAACACCUUAAAAAGUAGGGGUGUUUAUUUUUAGAGCAAAAAGGUUGUUGGAUAGCCUCUAAAAAAUAUGCACCUAUUUCAUGGGUGAGUUACUUAACAUAUCAGCUUUAUAGCCUCUAUGAGUCUGUCUUCUGUAUAAAUUUUGGAAUAUUUAACAAAAGGCUUAAUGGAAGAUGUUCUUUAUGUCUUAAAUUCAGAUAUUGCCAACUAGCAAUAACCACCAAAAAAAAAAAAAAAAAAAGAAAAGAAAAAAAAAGAAAAAGAAAAGGAAAAAAAAACUUGGUCAAUGUUAACAGCAAUUUUUGAGUGUUUGACUCCAGGAAUGAUUGACUUCAUUGAGUGACUGCCAUUAAGAUUUUCCUACGACUGAAUCAUCCUAAAUUCUUGUUUUAUUGCCAGAAAACAAAUGAGUAAAAUUAUGGAACAGAAUGUAAUCUGUAUUACAGCAAGUAAUUUUUAGAGGAAAGCUACAUUUGCUUUAUUUUAGGGCAGUGUUCUCAACAUUUGUUACCAACUUUAUGGAUUACAUUGAAGGAAAAUUUAAGACUGAGGCCUUGAAUAUUUAUCUUUUGAAAAUACCAUGUUAAAUAUUAAAAUACAUAAAGUACGAUUUGUGGGGUAAAGUCAUAAUAAAUGUUGAACAAAUUAUUUUUUUAAAUAAUUGUUAGUGAAGGCAAUUCAAAUUGAAUUCAAGCAGAUUAGGUUUGUACAGGUACUCAGCCUGAGUAAGAAAUCCUAGGUACUUGACUGAUUUGAGAGGUGUGUGUGUUGUUAGUUUCUGGACACAAUUCACAUAGCCUUAUUAGCAGAAGUUAGAAAUGGCUUUCUCAAAGAAGUGAUCACAGCUUUAUUCACAAAUGUAAAGGUGGAAUUUAUAUGUUAUAAACAAUACCCAUG